CCGACGGGCCGGCCCGAGGGUGACUGAGGGCGCGCAGCUUGCAGCCCAUCGGCCCCGAGACCGGCGUGGCCGUCUGCAGCGUCGCCAUGUCGUCGGUGUUCGGCAAGCCCCGAGCGGGCAGCGGGCCGCACAGCGCGCCCCUCGAGGUCAACCUGGCCAUCCUGGGGCGCCGCGGGGCGGGCAAGUCUGCCCUGACUGUCAAGUUUCUCACCAAGAGGUUUAUCAGCGAAUAUGACCCCAAUUUGGAGGACACCUACAGCUCUGAGGAAACUGUGGACCACCAGCCUGUCCACCUGAGGGUCAUGGACACUGCAGAUCUGGACACCCCCAGGAACUGUGAGCGCUAUCUAAACUGGGCCCAUGCCUUCCUGGUGGUGUACAGUGUGGACAGUCGCCAGAGUUUUGAGAGCAGCAGCAGCUACCUGGAGUUGCUGGCCUUGCAUGCCAAGGAGACACAGCGCAGCUACCCUGCCCUGCUGCUGGGCAACAAACUGGACAUGGCCCAGUACAGGCAGGUCACCAAGGCUGAGGGCGCGGCCCUGGCGGGCAGGUUCGGGUGCCUGUUCUUUGAGGUCUCGGCCUGCCUGGACUUCGAGCAUGUGCAGCAUGUCUUUCAUGAGGCGGUGCGGGAGGUGCGCCGGGAGCUGGAGAAGAGCCCCGCGGCCCGGCCCCUCUUCAUCUCUGAGGAGAAAGCCCUGUCUCACCAGACGCCGCUCACAGCCCGACAUGGGCUGGCCAGCUGCACUUUCAACACUCUGUCCACGAUCAGCCUGAAGGAGAUGCCCACUGUGGCCCAGGCCAAGCUGGUCACUGUGAAGUCAUCCCGGGCCCAGAGCAAGCGCAAGGCACCCACCUUGACCCUACUGAAGGGCUUCAAGAUCUUUUGAGGACCCUUCUACAGAAACCUCACGCUCGGCUGAUGCUUGGGGCUGCAGGGCAGAGGCUGGCUUGCCUUCCGAUGUACCAGAGGCCCUUAGGCCCGGGUCCAUAGCUGGACUCCACCUCCAGCAGCAAGCAGUCCCGGCAUGCUCACUGUGUGAGCCAGAGGGACAGGCAGGUAUGCUGCUCUGAGUCCCUCCAAGCCUUGGGCUUCAUGGUAACCUCUGCAUCCACCACCCUGGAGAGAAGCUGUCCCCGUUACCAACCAGAGACCUGGAACCAGGAGCGAGCAGAAAGGAACUGCGGUGCAUAUCCUGUGCCAUGACUCCUGCUCCGGCCUGCUCCGGCCACUGCUAGGCCUGCUGCAGCCCCGGCUCAAAGCAGCUUCAUCUAUGUGAAGGCUUGUAGCGGUCUACAGGAUGGCUGGCCCUGGGGCCCUACUGCCACCUGGUGGUAGAAAGAGGUAGGGCAGUUGUCCGGAGGCCCAAAGCUGGGGCCUCCCGUGUCUUCUGACGUCUUAAAACCCCAGGCUACAAACCUUACCGUCUAUCCAAGAAAAAUCCGGUUAGAAUAAUCCUAUGGGAAAGCCUGGAUACGGCAAUGAAAUCUGGAUGGGAGCAUUUCAGCACUCUCAGUGAAGGGUGCAGAGAGGGGCUGUGGAUUGUCCAGGCUAGGGGGAGCCUCCAGUUUUUUUUUUUCACCAGCCUUUGGGGACUCUUGUGACCACUUUAUUAGUAGACCCCCCCUCCCCCACCCCCUUGGAUCACCCUUCUUGAGUUUAAUGACUAAGGCUGCAGAAAGUCAUUCUACACAGGUAGGUGUAGUCUGGUUUGGUUGGACCUAGGACCCUCAGCAAUGGAUCCGAGUUUUCAAAGCUCACUUUGGGGAGAUAGAUCCCAAUGUGUUUGGGAUUAAUAAGGUGGACUUUGGCAUCAACCAUUCGGUGUUUUACCAAGUCUCGGAUGUGAGAAGGCUGUCCAGCUACAGCGGUUUCUUAAUGUUUACCACAAACUCUAAAUGAGCUGGUUCAGGAAGGGCAUUAGAUGGGUUGAGUCGGGCAUCCUAACCUACGAAGUCUGCUCCUUCAGCACCCAGCCAACAGACGCAGGAGCUUGGACUGAAAAGAUCUCGAACCGAGUCUUCAGCUCUAUUCUGUAGCUGGAGAUGCUGAGGUCAGAAGGAGGCUGUGAACUACUCAAGAGCAUGCAUGUACCACAAGCCCUGGCACUGAUCCUGACCAACAGGCCAGAUCUGAACUUUGUACUUUUUAUUUCUUUGAGACAGAGUCUCUUUAUUACGUAGCUUUGGCUGUCCUGGAACUCGCCCAGGCUUGAGUUGAACUCGCAGAGAUCCACCUGCCUCAGCCUUCCAAGUGCUGGAAUUAAGGCUUCCACCACACACACGACUUUGUACGUUUGAUCCAAGCCACUUGUGUGCUGGGGAAUAUUAUUUUAAGCUAUUUGUUUAUGUUGCAUUUGUUUAACUCUGUGAAGCUGUGUUACUGUGCCUGUC